AUGCUGCCCUUUCGCUGGGGCCUGCUACUAGGCAUUGUGGUGCUCAUAGCGUGCGCCAAUGGAGCAGCUAUCGUAAAUGAACUCUCUGGUCUGUCUGAUUUGGAGCGAUCAAAGAGAAGCGGAAGAGGCUAUGCAAGAGGACAGACGCAGUCGCAGUACUUGAACUUUGGCAAGCCCGAAGAGGAUGGCAAGGCCGAGGCAGAGGCUAACGAAAGCGGCUCACGCUCGACAGUUUCUGGCAGCCACGGAAUGGGGCAGGCCCAGAGUCAGUUCUCCUCGGGAGAUUGCAGCGGCUGUUCCGGCUAUCAAACUGGAAGCUCACUCGAUGGCAGUGGAGGUCUUAUAGGAAGACCCGAUGCUAUUAUUAGUCUACCAAGAAUCGACGGACGACAAACGGGUGCUGCUGGACAGCCCGGGUACGUAACUCAGCCUGGAGCUGAGGAUCAGUCUGGAGGUCAAACCAUAUACGGAACACAACCAGGAGUUGGUGAACAGACAGGUAUCGGCAGCGGACAGCCCGGAUUUGGGGCUCAACCUGUAGUUGGAGGUCAACCCGGAUACGGAACACAAGCAGGAGUUGUUGGACAGCCAGGUAUCGGUAGCGGACAGCCCGGAUUUGGGGCUCAACCUGUAGUCGGAGGUCAGCCCGGAUAUGGAACACAACCAGGAGUUGGUGGACAGACAGGUAUCGGUGGCGGACAGCCCGGAUAUGGAGGUCAAUCUGGGGUUGGAGGUCAACCUGGAUACGGAACACAACCAGGAGUUGGUGGACAGACAGGUAUCGGUGGCGGACAGCCCGGAUAUGGAGGUCAAUCUGGGGUUGGAAGUCAACCUGGAUACGGAACACAACCAGGAGUUGGUGGACAGACAGGUAUCGGUCAACCUGGAUAUGGAACACAACCAGGAGUUGGUGGACAGACAGGUAUCGGUGGCGGACAGCCCGGAUAUGGAGGUCAAUCUGGGGUUGGAGGUCAACCCGGGUACGGAACACAAUCAGGAGUUGGCGGACAGCCUGGAUUUGGAGGUCAACCUGGAACUGGAGGUAAAACUGUAUACGGAACACAACCAGGAGUUAGUGGACCGACAGGUAUCGGUCAACCUGGAUACGGAACACAACCGGGAGUUGGUGGACAGACAGGUAUCGGUGGCGGACAGCCCGGAUAUGGAGGUCAACCCGGAUACGGAACACAACCAGGAGUUGGUGGACAGACAGGUAUCGGUCAACCCGGAUACGGAACACAACCAGGAGUUGGCGGACAGCCUGGAACUGGAGGUAAAUCUGGAUACGGAACACAACCAGGAGUUAGUGGACCGACAGGUAUCGGUGGCGGACAGCCCGGAUAUGGAGGUCAAUCUGGGGUUGUCGGUCAACCUGGAUACGGAACACAACCGAGAGUUGGUGGACAGACAGGUAUCGGUGGCGGACAGCCCGGAUAUGGAGGUCAAUCUGGGGUUGGAGGUCAACCUGGAUUCGGAACACAACCAGGAGUUGGUGGACAGACAGGUAUCGGUGGCGGACAGCCCGGAUAUGGGGGUCAAUCUGGGGUUGGAGGUCAACCCGGAUACGGAACACAACCAGGAGUUGGUGGACAGCCUGGAUUUGGAGGUCAACCUGGAACUGGAGGUCAACCUGGAUUCGGAACACAACCAGGAGUUAGUGGACCGACAGGUAUCGGUGGCGGACAGCCCGGAUAUGGAAGUCAAUCUGGGGUUGGAGGUCAACCCGGAUACGGAACACAACCAGGAGUUCGUGGACAGACAGGUAUCGGUGGCGGACAGCCCGGAUAUGGAGGUCAAUCUGGGGUUGGAGGUGAACCCGGAUACGGAACACAACCAGGAGUUGGCGAACAGCCUGGAUUUGGAGGUCAAUCUGGGGUUGGAGGUAAAUCUGGAUACGGAACACAACCAGGAGUUAGUGGACCGACAGGUAUCGGUGGUGGACAGCUCGGUUUUGGAGGUCAACCUGGAGUUGGAAGUCAACCCGGAUACGGAACCCAACCAGGAGCUAGUGGACAGACAGGUAUCGGUGGCGGACAGCCGGGAUAUGGAGGUCAAUAUGGGGUUGGAGGUCAACCCGGAUACGGAACACAACCAGGAGUUGGUGCACAGACAGGUAUCGGUCAACCUGGAUACGGAACACAACCGGGAGGUGGUGGACAGACAGGUAUCGGUGGCGGACAGCCCGGAUAUGGAGGUCAGUCUGGGGUUGGAGGUCCACCUGGAUACGAAACACAACCAGGAGUUGGUGGACAGAUAGGCAUCGGUGGAGGACAGCCCGGAUAUGGAGGUCAAUCUGGGGUUGGAGGUCAACCCGGAUACGGCAUACAACCAGGAUUUGGCGGACAGCCUGGAUUUGGAGGUCAACCUGGAACUGGAGGUAAAUCUGGAUACGGAACGCAACCAGGAGUUAGUGGACCGACAGGUAUCGGUGGUGGACAGCUCGGGCUUGGAGGUCAACCUGGAGUUGGAGCUCAACCCAGCUACGGAACCCAAGCAGGAGUUGGUGGACCGACGGGUAUCGGUGGUGGACAACCCGGAUAUGGAGGUCAAUCUGGGGCUGGAGGUCAACCCCGUUACGGAACCCAACCAGGAUUUGGUGGACAGCCUGGACUUGGAGGUCAACGUGGAGCUGGAGGUCAACCCGGAUAUGGAACACAACAAGGAGUUGGUGUACAGACUGGUAUCAGUGGUGGACAACCAGGAUAUGGAGUUCAAUCUGGGGCCUUAGGUCAACCCGGAUACGAAGCCCAACCAGGAUUUGGUGGACAGCCUGGAUUUGGAGGGCAACCUGGAGCUGGAGGUCAAUCCGGAUACGGAACACAACCAGGAGUUGGUGGACAGACUGGUAUCGGUGGCGGACUGCCCGGAUUCGGGGCUCAACCUGGAGUUGGAGGUCAACCCAGUUACGGAACCCAAGCAGGAGUCAGUGGACAGCCUGCUAUCGGUGGGAGACAGCCAGGAUACGGAGCACAACCCGUAGUUGGGGGGCAGACUGGUAUCGAUGGAGGACACCCCGGAUUUAGAGGUCAACCCGGAUACGGAACACAACCAGGAGUUAGUGGACAGACAGGUGUCGGUGGCGGACAGCCCGGAUAUGGAGGUCAAUCUGGAGUUGGAGGCCAACCCGGAUACGGAACACAACCAGGCGUUGGUGGACAGACAGGUGUCGGUGGCGGACAGCCCGGAUAUGGAGGUCAACCUGGAGUUGGAGGUCAACCCAGCUACGGAACCCAACCAGGAGCUAGUGGACAGACAGGUAUCGGUGCCGGACAGCCCGGAUAUGGAGGUCAAUCUGGAGUUGGAGGUCAACCCGGGUACGGAACACAACCAGGCGUUGGUGGACAGACAGGUGUCGGUGCCGGACAGCCCGGAUAUGGAGGUCAACCUGGAGUUGGAGGUCAACCCGGAUACGGAACCCGACCAGGAGUUGGUGGACAGACAGGUAUCGGUGGCGGACAGCCCGGAUUUAUAGGUCAACAGCCCGGAGCAGGAGGAUCGCAGUUUGAUGGAAGGCACCCGGGAACCGGUGUUACUUCAGAUGGCCAAGUAGGUGCUCCGGGACGGUAUACAGCUGGAGCUAGUGUCACUCCUGGAGCUGCUGGUGUUGGUAAUACAGUUGCCGGCGGAGCUGAUGACACAUUUUCUCAAGCGGCGUCCACUAUUGGGAACGGCCAGGCAUCUGCCAGUGCCGAGGGCAAAAAGAAUGGCGGAACAGCUAAGACCCAAGUAUCCGGCACAUACAGUACGGGCGGUUCUUUCAGCGCUAGUGCAAUGACUUCCGACGCAGAUCGGGCUGCCAGCGCCCAGGUUACUGGCAAUGCUGAUGGCGCUAUGAGCCAGUCCCAAGGCUCUGGAGGACCGGCCCAGUCCCAGGCCCAAGUGCAGGUUAACUCGAAGGAUGGAGGCACCAAGGCUUCAUCACAGAGUGGGGGUCUGAUUCACCAGAGCCAGAGUGAGGUGCAGGCCAACGAUAAGGGCGGCUUGGCCGAUGCCCAGUCCAGCGGACCGGGCCAAACCUCUUCCCAAGCUCAAAUCGGCUUCCGUCCAGGUCAGGAUACCAGUUCGGUAGUGGCACCAGGUGGCGGACAGGCUUCCGCACAAUCGGGCAGCCAUUCUGGCCAGAGCCAGUCUCAGAUCCAAGGAACUUCCAGCUUUGGGGUAUCAUAUCACGGCGCUGCACAGUCCGCAUCAGGAACUAAGGAGCAGGUGGACACCUAUCGGGAGCAAAAUCGAGAGCUCUUCAAUACAAUCAGCCAGUUUGGCAACAGUGGAAAUGCUGUAACCGAUCGGGCUGAUGCCGUCUUUAGUGGCCCGGCACUCACGUCUGAAUCUGAUUCAAUACCCGAGCUGCAGCUGAAGUCUACAAAGACAAGCAAGGAAGAGCCUGAGAAGGUCGAUAAGAAGCCAGAUCAAUCGGAACCAGUUCAAUACGACGACGAGGAAGAGGACGAGGGGGAUGAAUACGACGAGGAUGAGUACUACAACGAGAAACCUGUCAAGCUAGAGGAGGGUCCAAAGCCACCGAACAAGAUUAAGGAUUCGGAGUCCACACCUCAUCCACAGACCUAUACCCAGUCGUCCCCCACGCAGAAGCAGCAGGCAGUAGUGGCCCCAUUGCCAGCGGAAAAGUACCAGCUGGUGCAGAAACAGAACGGACUCAUUAAUAGCUACUCGGAGCGAUCAACCACAGAGUCCGUGCCCAGUGGGUUCCGCGGCACGGUGAACGUUCAAAAGAAGUUUCACACAAAGUCGCUUGAGCUUCAUAAUACCGACAAGAAGGUCGAAAUCAGUGCCGACACUGACUCCGAUGCCCCGAGUACACCCACUCGCGGUAGCAAAGCGCCUCGCGCACCAGACAGCUAUGUAACAGUCACCAAGUCGGUGACUGGAAGCAUGGACAAUAGCAAGAACCCACCGCAGGAUAACAAGAACUUCCAGUCCACGUACUACACCAAGUCCUCGACCUGCGGAUACUUCACCUUCUCCUGUAACAUUGUCUACGGAGCGAAUGGACGCAGCAAGAUCUGUCGCCCAAAAGCCCCAGCCAAUGGCAAGUGCUAAAGGGGAUGCAA